GGUUCGCUCCUUCUUCCGCUACAUUGUUGCAGCUCAGGAGGAAAUAAGACCAUCUAUGCUGUGUGGGAUAACACUGACACAGGGUAAAGGUGUGCGCUGGCACCACCCGUCAGUGCGGGGACAGGAUGUGAUGUCACAGCGAUAGUGGCGUCCAGUCCAGCUUUGUGAUUGCGAGCGGGGACCCCCAUCCCACCCGCUCCAAGGACAGGAUGUUUGAAGUCAAACCCCGGGCGGUGGAGAAGAAAGAGUCGAGCACGGAGACAGAUGAGGGUCUGGGCAGCAGCGGGAAGCGCUACGGCUCGGUGGGCUCCGGGUCGGCCGACUCCGGCUCCGUCUACCUGUCGGACAGCCAGGACUGGGCGGUCUCCCCCAGCUGCUCCCCGGACGAAGGCCCCGCCCAGCACAGCGCCAUCUCCCCCAUGCUGGCCGAGGAGACCUUCCGCUACAUGACGUAUCUUGCCUUGGAGCCCUCUUCCUAUUCCCACCCCGGCUCUCAGAGCCUCUCCAAAGUCCUCAGUGAGGAUCGCGUGGAGCAGAUGACCAAGACUUACAAUGACAUUGAAGUGGUGUCGCACCUUUUGGCGGAGCGGGACAGGGACUUGGAGCUUGCAGCUCGGAUCGGUCAGUCCCUUCUGCAGAGGAACCACCUGCUGCAGGAACGCAACGAGGCCUUAGAGGAGCAGCUGGCCCAGGCCCUGGACCAGGUUCACCAGGUGCAGCAUGAGCUCGGCAAGAAGGAUGAGUUGCUGCGCAUUGUGGCCAGCGCCUCGGAGGAGAGCGAGACGGAAUCCAGCGCGUCGACGCCGCUGCGGCAGCCGAGGCCGCUGGGUGGGACCACGGCCGCCGCCGCACUCAGCCAGCUGGAGUCUCUGCAGAGCAAGCUGCAGGAGCUGGAGGAGGAGAACCUGUCGCUGAGGUCUGAGGCGUGCCAACUGAAGAGUGACACCAUCAUCUACGAGGAGAAGGAGCAGCAGCUCGUGAGCGACUGUGUCAAGGAGCUCCGAGAGUCCAACAGCCAGAUGGUGUCUCUGACAGACGAGCUGUCUCAGAAGAACGAGGAGCUGCUCAGACACCAGGAGGAAAUCGCUCAGCUGCUCUCCCAGAUAGUGGAGCUGCAACGCAGAGUGAAGGAGCUGGCUCUGGGGAAAGAGGAGCUGAGGAUCCACCUGCAGGCGUCUAAAGAAGCUCAGAGACAGCUCACAGCAGAGCUGGACGAGAUGGCGGACAGGAACGCCGAGUGUCUGGAGAUGCUCCAUGAGUCCCAGGAGGAGCUCAAGGAUCUCCGCAGUAAAAACACUCCAUCUGCUGGGAUGCGAAGGCACCUCUCCUACGGCCUCUACCCCAUGGACUCCCUGGCAGCAGAGAUCGAGGGCACCAUGAGGAGAGAGCUGAGUGUAGAGGAGGAGAUCGCCUCGGAGGACCAAAGGUCAGAAAACCAAGCUUCAGUCAGAACCAAGAUAGUGUCCCAGAAGCGAGUCUUCCAAACAGUCCGCUCCAUCAAUGCUUCGGCGUCGCGGCCAGCUUCGGCCACACCUCCUAUCCCCGGCUCAGGACAGAGCUCUCUAGUGAUGACCGCACAGCCCUUUACGUCCAAUCAGGGGGAGGAAGUGAGAAUGGGGCAGCCCGGCUGUCCAGGAGGAAACGACCUGACCAAAGCCCUCCAUCGGCUGUCGCUGCGACGGCAGAACUUCCUCUGCGAGCGGCAGUUCUUUCAGGCGGAGCGCGAAAAGAAGCUGCAGGCCCUGGCGAGCGCAGAGGGGGACGGGGAGGGCAGCGGGUGCAGCUCACCGAUGGGCAGCACGCUGUCCUCUUUCUCCAACCUGUCAGAGCUGUCCUUCGGCUCAAGCAUCUUCAGGACCUUCCUGCCUGAGAAGCUUCAGAUCGUCAAGCCCAUGGAAGGCUCACUGACGCUGCAUCACUGGCAGCAGCUGGCCCAACCGCACCUGGCCACCAUCCUGGACCCCCACCCUGGGGUGGUGACCAAAGGCUUCUGUCCACUGGCUCAGGACGCCGUCUACCGCCUGUCUGACAUGGAGGAGGACGAGGAAAACGAGAAGCACAAAGGUGUCCUGGAGAAGGGGACGGCGGAGCGGGGGAAGGAAGAGGACGACGAUGAAGAGGAGGAAGGCGGGAUCACCUUCAAGGUGCGCUUUACGUCCACGCCGGAGGAGAGGAGAGACAGAAAGCACUCGGUGUUGCCUCUCCCCGUCUCGCCUCUCUCCCCCACCCUGCCAGCAUCGCCCGAGACACCUGCCACUUCCUCUUCAGUCAGAGCGGACGUUUGUCUGACCCCCGCACCCCGACCUGUCACCCAGAUCUCCCCUCAGACUAUUCCAGUAGUCUGUACGACCGUGGUCCAAUCACAAAGUCAGAUUUGCAUCUCCACGUCAACGGCGACUUCUCCUUCUGUCCAAAAUCCAGGGAAGUGUCAGAGCUCCACCUUCUCCACCUACACCUUCACGACCUGUAGCAUCCUGCACCCUAGUGACAUCACACAGGUCACCCAAAGUUCCCAGUCGUCCCUCAUGGCCAACACACCCAGCUCCAUGAGGACUGGUCCCAGUACGCCUGUGACUCCGUGCAGACUGAGCCUGGGUGACUGUUUCCCCCCUCGACGCCCAUCUGUGCCCACCAGCGGCCUUGCCAAGCUGGUUCUGGAGAGGGGCAUCUCUGCACAAGUCUCCACUGCGCCCCCCCCUCCAGCAUCCUGGCAGCCCCUCUUUCGCCUCCUCCCAGGCACACCCCCUAACUCCCCCUCCCACUCACGGGACCCCUCCCCGGUGCCCCCGGAGUCCCGCAAGCAACCAUCCGACAAUUUCCUCGCCUCGCGGCCGGCGGAGCUCUUUCUCCAGGACGUUUACGGGUUGAACCUGGGCCGCGCCCCACAUCCCGACCUACCAAGCCCUUCCCAGGGAACUCCGGCUCGUGUCCCGUCCCAAAAGUCAGGCCGCGCCAACCCCGACCUCGGCCUAGUGGAGAGGCUUCGGCGGCUGGGCUUCAGCAACGUGCUCCAGAGCGCAGAGUCUGAGGCGCCACGCCAGGAUUCGGCUACUUUUGUGUCAGCAGGCGGGGGAAGCCUACUGGACGGUCUGAGGCGCAACCAGAGCCUCCCGGCCAUGAUUGGUGCCCGGGCAGGGAAGUCAACCGGUAACCCCACACCUCCACCUCACCCUACCUCCCUGGCCCUCCCGCCAACACCCUGGGGAAACCCCAAAGAGCGGCAGCGGCGGCAUCUCGGCUCCGUCUCCCAUGCCCCGUCAAGUUCAACCAAACGCUGAGGGGACUAGGCGGCUGGACCGCGAGGGAAGACACCCCAACCUCUCUUUUACACCCCCCCAUCUCUCCUCCUCUCUGCCUUUUGGAGAGGAGGAGUCAGAACAUCCGGCGGACAGAACAACCCCUCCUUUUUACGACUUCCUUUUAAAGCACAAUUAAACACCGCUGUGUCUAUCUGCGUAGAUGUUUGCGUGGCGCCAGUACCCGAGGCCUUAGCACGCCUCUGACUGGGUUGCUAAGCGCCCGGUACCUUCUUAUCAUCAUUAGGUUGCAAGGCUCUGGAUGCUCAGGUGCAGGGAUAGGAGGGAAAGUAAGAGUAACGCGUACGUGGACGAAGGUUUGUGGAUGUGGAUGAGAGGAGAACGAGUUAGGAUGAAGGAAUAUGUCUGUCAGAAGGGAAAGUAAGUGAAAGGUAAAGAGAGAACGGCUGAGCAUCCAGUCCUGCUAUUCCAAGGGCUUGUUCUGUAGUGGGUCAGAAAAGCUUUAUUCUGUAAUCAAAUAGCAUCAAGCUACAACCAUAACCAUUAUACAGUGAAUGCUCUAAGGGUCAAAUACAAAUAAAUACAGAAGGGAUUCAACAUGCUUUUUUAACUUGAGGACUUUUAAGUGCUAGCUGGUUUAAUGGCAUACUGCCGGACUAACCUUGUAGUCAGACCAUGCCAUUAACAUGCCAGUAUUUAUAUUAUGAUGAUUUUACAGUCUGGUGAGCGUCCAUGCCUCUCGCAAGUGGGAGGCAACCUCGCUCACGGGGUUCCCAGCAUGCACCUGUCAAAAGACAGGCAGGGGGGCAGACCGAAGGGCGUGCAAGACUGGGUCUGCCUUUUUCCUUCGGGUUCUUGUGGUUUUUUUAAUGGUCGGAGGCCUUAAGUAGAGGCCAGCACUGUUGUGGUUUAUGUUCCUGGGAGGCCAUGUUUGUAUAUAUUAGUUGCACUCAAGUGGGAUUUUGAAGGUUGUUCAUUUUGAGGAUCACUGCUUGGUUGAAAACAAUUCACCGCGGGUUCUCUUGGCAUUUAAAAGAGAAUUUGAUUCAGGCCUACAAGACAUUCAGGUUCAGUCUGUUGGUAGGGGUAAAAUAUUAACACAUCAUUUAGUUGUAUAACACAUAUGUGGUUGUUUAUGUAGUUCACACACUGGCCAGCAGGUGGGAGUAUUCCUGCAGGAGAGCAUAGAGAAAGUUCUUUCUUAUUGUUUAUAUUCUAUAAUAUCUUGCUUUUAGAUACAAUGUAGCUUGACCCCCGUGACCCCUUCAGUGCUGUUGUCCCCAACAUCCAACAGGACCUCCCACUAAGCUACCGCACUUUGACUUUUUUUUUAUAUAACCUAUGUUUUAGUGACACCGCUAUUUGAAUUAUACAGAUUCUAACAUAUUAAUGAGAACUAUAACGACGUCGGCUAGCAUUUUGAUUUAUUUUGUGUAGCAGUAUUUCAUUUUUUUGCUUUCCUGCAAAAGGGAAUCCAAAUUAAGCCAAAAGUGAUGCUUUUAUUUUUCCAAGUGAUGGAUUACAUGUGUGUUUUGUGAUUUUGUGCUAAAUUGCUGUAACCUAUUUAACAAAGUAUUUUUUUGUCGGAGUGGAGAGCAGAGGAAAGAAGGCACAUCCAGAAUUCAUACCUUUAGAUUAUUUAGACUGUUUUUCCAGUAGAGCAGGAGUUUCAAGUGUGUGUGUUUGUGUGUCUUUCUUUAGCUAAAAAUAUAAAAUGUCAUGUCACUUCCUGAUGCCUCCCUUUUAAGAUCCUGAUCCUCUGUAAAUUACUCCUGGCUAUUAUUCAGUUGCCUCUUUUUUUUAAAUAAAGCAAUGGAAACAAAGCU